CGUCAUCGAGCUGGUUAUCACGGUGUCGUGGUUGGAAACGUCGAAAACGGGUUGUCAAGUGGUCGCACAAUCUCCGCUGAAACGGGUUAUCGGGUAAUUGCCUCCAGACUCCUUAUCGACGAUCGACGGAAUUCGUGGCGCGCAUGUCGUGCAUACGCACGGCUCGUUAACGUUUCACGCGUAACCGUUCGACUCGAUCGUAGGUGUUUACCCGUCGAUUUCGAUUCUCGAUCGAGCCAAGUGAAUCGCGUCCUCGACUCGCAUCGAUCUCGAUCCGAUGUGUCGCGUUAUCGCGUACCACGGUAGACGAUCAAUGAUCGAUCGUCGUCGAGUGAAUUUCAAUCGAUUCGUUCCACCGGAUACUCUCGAACUUCACGGUGCGCUAGGCGAGAAAAGCGCGGGAUAUCGAUCAGCGAAAGAUCCGUAUCGAUUCACGGCCGAUUUUCAGCCGCCUUCGAAUUCCACAUAAUCGUCGCUUUCUACGCCUGUUACGUCACGCGUAGCGCCGCCACGGGAUCCUCUGGCGUGGCGAGUACGAGCGUAUAUCCAACGGGACGAUCCUCUCCGCUCGGUACGGACCAAUCUGGCAUUCGGUCGUUAUCGGUGACCGAUGGAAGCCGUGCACACCCGACGGGACACGCCGAUCGCGCAGCUAAUUCUCUGGCACAUCGCGCGUACCGUCUUAGUAGAAGCGCAUCACGCGACCACGAACACGCGUGGCUUCCGUUGCUGUCUUCUUUUUACCUCGUGCCCGGUCCCUGGAAUUUUCGCAGUCUGUGACGGUGGCUUCACGACGAAAGUCAACCGUGGACGACGAUGGCGUCGCUGGAGAACAAAGUGGAUGAACGAGUCGCGAAAGCGUCGCAACAGAACGGAGGCGGAUGCAGGAACGAGGAGCUGCCUCUCGAAGAUGUCCAGGAUAACAACAACGAGACCAUCGAAGUGGAGAUGGUGGUGCCACCGGAUGGAGGAUGGGGUUGGGUGAUCGUCGCUGCAUCCUUCAUGUGCAAUCUCUUUGUGGAUGGUAUCAUCUUCAGCUUUGGUGUCUUCCUGAACGACGUGUCCGAGGCUUUCUCAGUUUCCAAAGCGAGGGUCGCUUUGGUUGGCUCGUUGCAAUCUGGGUUCUAUCUCAUGGCUGGUCCUUUUGUGUCGGCUUUGGCCAACAGGUACGGCUUCAGGCUGGUCGCGAUCCUAGGAAGUGUUAUAAGUUGCGGCGCUUUCGUGCUCUCCUACUUUAGCACUUCCAUCGAGUUCCUCUACAUCUCUUAUGGUGUACUUGGAGGUAUCGGCGCAGGAUUGAUCUACGUGCCGGCUGUGAUAACGACAGGAUUUUAUUUUGAAAGAUGGAGAGCCCUGGCUACAGGGAUCGCGGUUUGCGGCUCUGGGAUCGGCGCCUUCUUGCUCGCACCCAUUUCAGAUCUGCUCGUCAAGGAAUUCGGGUGGAGGGGCGCGUUGUUAUUUCAAGCAGGAAUGUUGCUGAAUUGUGCCAUAUUCGGGGCGAUGUUUCGUCCAUUGAAACCGACCAGGAUUAAAGUGAAACCUACCCCAGAGAACGUGGACUUAGAGGUGAAAAACAGUUUGAUGGCAAAAGGUGUGUCUACCGCAUCGUUGCACUGCGUGCAACCUGGCAGAAGUGGUUUCUUUGGUACGAAUAACAACACGGAAUAUCCAACAGCAGCCGAGCUACUCGGCAGUAAUCCCAACAUAGUAAAUGUUUCCAAAUCUCUACAUUCACUUCACAGGGUUCAUGUGGAGCUACGUACUUUGGAAAGGAAGUUAAGCAACUCGGAAAAACGAUUAUCCGCGCCGAUCUAUCCUGACCUGGAUGUGAACAUGGACGAAAAAAUUGCAGAAGAGAAUAAUCUGCUGGGUGGUGAUGUGGAAAGAUUGAACGGCAAAGUACCCACGAUUCGCAGACACACGAUUAGCGGUCGAAGACUUCGCGCGGACUCGGACUGUAGCCAAAAGUCGUUGAAGGUGGGCAACAAGCGGAAUCCGUUCAGCAAGGAUCCACAGAGACCAUUUUAUAGGGACGAUAUCUUUUACGGGGGUUCUUUGAACAGACUGCCUCAUUACAGGUCCCAGCAAUCAUCCGUGGGCUAUCACAUGUCGGUCACGCGUUUGCCAACCGCCACGGACGUAGCUGAAGAGGAAAGCGGAAGUUGUUAUCUAUGUCCAGAAAGCGUACGAAGGAUCCUGACAACCAUGCUGGAUUUGAGUCUACUGAAAAGUCCUUCAUUCUUGAUCCUGGCAAUCUCCGGAGGACUCACUAUGAUGGGCUUCUAUACACCCUUUAUGUACGUCGCAGACCGAGCGAUAAGAGCAGGAACCGAGCCAUCCACAGCGAUGUUCCUGGUGUCAGUGAUCGGUAUCGGCAAUACCAUUGGUCGUGUGGUGUGUGGAGUGGCUAGUAGUUUGCCAGGUGUCAAUGCAUUGGUCGUUAAUAAUAUAUUCAUCAGUACUGGUGGAUUAUUAACCCUACUGUCUGGUCUGUCGCUCACUCAGGGCUUCCAGUUUUUCUAUGCAGCCAGUUUUGGCAUUAGCAUUUCUGUCUUCGCCUCGCUGAGAUCGAUCCUCGUGGUAGACCUGCUGAGCCUGGAGAAAUUGACCAACGCGUUCGGGUUGCUUCUCCUGUUCCAAGGUGUGGCAGCUGCCAUAGGCGCGCCUCUUGCAGGCGCCUUCAUGGACGCGACAGGAAGCUACGACGCCUCUUUCUAUCUAUCCGGUAGUCUGAUCUUCUUAUCGGCUGUGAUCUGUUACCCUCUGAAGAGGAUCAACGAAUGGGAAAAAAUGAAGAGCAGCGAGAAGAACAGCGACGAUCCAUCAAAGUCUUGAUCAACAACGAAGCCACGACUAGACGACGUAGACUGAAGUCUGUCGCGUUCGCUGCUUAGCGCUCCGUGUUUUGUACAUAUACCGACGUGUAAAUAAUUUAUAACGAGCCUUUGGAGUCGUUAAUUAAUCCACGACGAACAGGGAAAAGCUCGUUACAGUCAACGAUAAAAAUCAUCGUCGUUGGAAUGGAAGGGUCUGUCGGGUUCGGUCAAGUGCAAUUGAGCAGCAGAGAUUUUGCAGAUACGAAUGAAGAGGGUGGUAUCGUAAGAGGACAUUUUUGUCGAGAUCUGAUUCGACAUAAGAACACGUUGUUUAGGGUAAUUAUACUGCCGUUCAUAAGUACAUGGACACUGCUAUCUUUACAAAAAUUUAAUUUUAAUUGUUAAUUAACACUUUUACUGCCACAGGGGUCAUCGGUGACUUCACGUUAUAAUACAUUUUGUAUUUAAUUCCAUUGCAUUUUGUCUCAAAUAUUUGUAUAAGAUUCUGGUGGAGAUGGUCAGAAAUAUUUUAAACUUUCCAAGUGUCUCUGUACUUAUGAACAGUAUUAACACUUCCAUGGGGUCCAUGUAUCCCACGACUCCUCUGUGUUUAAAAAAAACCAUGGACAGGACAGGUUAAUGCCUUGUAUCGGUGCCUUUUACUCAUAAUCUUCCUCAAAUACCGCGAGGAUAAGAAUAAUGAUAGAUCCAGUAAGAGAGGUUGAAUAGAUCACUUAUAUUGUAAUCUAUUUUUGCUACGACCUUGUUACCGUCACAACCGAACUGGCAUACUCCAGAUUCGCGUAAAUUUAGGUAGUCUUCACGCUUUCUGGAUCGUGAAACGCACACGUCGCAUCGUCUCGACGGGAAACGAUGAGAGAUAUCUUGGAAGCGAUCCGAUUCGCAGGCAAAGUGAAUUCGUUAAAUCGUGAUCGAUCGAUCUCUCGUUUCGCUUCCGAGAUAUCUGGUAGAGCAUGUUUCUAUAAUAAACAAGCACUAGCGUACGGUAAAGGCGUAUGUACUUGCAUAAACGGGUACAUGUGAUCUUGAUAUAGAGAACGUGCAUCCGUUCUGGUGCAGUGCUAUUUAUAGCGUUAAUUAACACGUUGAUUGUCAUCAGGGAUUCGUUUCACAAUUUUCAUUGAAAAAUGAUAAAAGGGGUAAAAAAGCUAAAGUUACACUAACGAUUUGAAACCGCAAAAUUAUCGAUAUUUUAAUUUUUAAUUAAUGAAAAAUUAAUUUUCUACGAUGGCAAUCAAGGUGUUGAGCGUUUCGAGCGAUAUCCGGAAUUGGAUUCCGGAUGUCGGCGCCCUCUAGCCUUAAAUGACUUGCUCAAAAAUUAAAUCCGUUCCUACUGUUCCUAAUUAAUUAUCUAUUGCGUAGUAUUUCUCUUUUUUUUUUUUUUUUUAAUUAGAGUCGAACCGUGAACCACGAGUUCGUUGAUGCCCUUAAUUCUCGUAACACGCGACGUUUCGAAGAUCGCGAAACACUUAC